AUGCCGCCCGAGGACCCCCCGCCCGCUCCGCCCGCAACCUGCGGCGGCAAUUGCUGUUCGAGCACCACCGCCACCGUCGACCUCGGAGCGGCCGCCUCGCCUGCCGGGGCGGUCCCGCCCGUCGACGAGGACGGCUGCGCGGACGGCUGCUGCGCCAAGGAAGAUGCGGGCAGCGUUGAAGCCGACGAGCAAAACGGCUGCGCGGAUGGCUGCUGCGAGACCGCCAGUGCUACCUGUGCCGACGACGUCGAGGCGCCUGCUGCGCGCCGAGAGCCCGAAGCGGGCUGCGACGAAGAAGACGCUGCUGCUCCGAAGGGGGCCGACGAUGGGUGUGCCGACGCGUGCUGUGCUGCUCCCGCUCCCGCUCCCGUUCCGCCGUCCGCCGCCGAGGAUGCUUGCCAGCGCGGCUGCUGCUCCGGCGCGUCGGCAGCGGCGCCGUCACCCGUUGUCGAUGAGAGCGAGAAGAUGGACGAGAAGCCCACUUGUUCUCGUUCUGCCUGCUGCGGCGGCACGAGCCCCGCUAAGAACGGCAAGAAAGCUCAAUGCUGCGAUGAUGGCUGUCUGGACGAGCUCGCCCUCCGUGACUGCGACGACGAGAAGUGCUCGCAAGCCGGCAGCUCCGCAUGCGAGUACCACAGGAAGAAGACGCGCAGUCAGUACCGCGCUUCCUUGGAGGCUCUCGGCUGCAUCUGCCGCGCCCUGCUUGCGCGCAACAUCGAGUCCUGUUGCAACCAGACUGCCACCCUGAGGCGCAGGCGUGCUGCGCGUCCAUCUUCCAGGACGUCUUCGAUGGCGAGGCAGAAGAAGGAGGCUUCUAGUUGCUGCUCUGGGUCUUCGAAGCCGGCCAGAGCGAGUGGCAGCGUCCGCGCGAAGAACGGCUCUUGCCGGGAUGCGUGCUGUGACGCGAAGCCUCCCAGUGUCAAGGAUGAUUCAUCGCCUUGUCAGGAUAGUUGUUGUGGAGUCAAACCUCCCGGCAUCGAAAGCAUUGCCUCGUGCCAGGACGCUUGUUGUGGAAAAAAGCCUCCCAGCAUCAAAAGCGCUGCUUCGUGCCAGGAUGCUUGUUGUGGAAAAAAGCCUGGUUCGGUCAUCAAUGUGAACAUUGACCGAGUUGACGUCGAACGAGGAGACGUUGAGAACGAGCAUGUCGUCUUUACCGUACAUGGAAUGACCUGCACUGGAUGCGAAACGAAGUUGAUGCGGUCUUUGACCGUCAUCCCGGGCGUGUCACGGCCCCAGACCAGCCUGCUUCUCUCGCGGGCUGAAUUUGAUCUGGACGGAAGGCUCCUCUCACCCGAUCAAAUCAAAGCUCGGCUUGAAAAAGAAACUGGUUUCAACUUUGACAAGGUUGCCAAUGACGACAAAGAGCUUGAGACUAUCGAGGUUCUCACCGGCGGCAACGCCAAGGCCUUCGUCACUCGAGACAUGCCUGACGGAGUCGCGAGUGCAUCUGUCGUGGACAAGGACGUUGUCUCGCUGAAGUAUGAUCCCAAGGUGCUCGGAGCUCGCGAUCUGGUGAACCACUCUUUCAGCGCUCCCCUAAAGCUGGCACCGCUACGCCCACCUCCGUCCAUUGCCUCGGGCCGCAAACAUGUAUGGAUUGUCGGUCUGCAGACCCUGAUUUCGGCUCUGCUCACGAUCCCGGUUUUGAUCAUGGCCUGGGCUCCGCUUCCAGAGCAUGAGAUUGCGUACGGUAGCGCCUCUCUGGCUCUUGCCACCAUCAUCCAGGUCUUCAUCGCUGGUCCUUUCUAUUCCAGCGCUCUUCGUAGCCUCAUCUUCUCUCGUGUCAUCGAAAUGGACCUCCUGAUCGUCCUCAGCACGACCGCCGCCUACGUCUUCUCCAUCGUAGCUUUCGCAUACCUCGUAGUUGGAUCCCCCCUCUCGACCGGAGAGUUCUUCGAGACCAGUACCCUCCUCGUCACGCUUAUCAUGGUCGGUCGCUUCCUCGGCGCCCUCGCUCGUCAGAAGGCUGUCGAGAGCGUUUCCGUGCUGUCCCUCCAGCCUGCCACAGCCCUUCUCUCAUCAAAGGAUGGCCAGGUCCACGAGGAAGAGAUCGACGCCCGCCUGCUCCAAUUCGGCGAUGUGUUCAAGGUCGUCCCGGAGACGCGCAUCCCCACCGACGGCACCAUCAUCUCUGGCUGUUCGGAAGUUGACGAGUCGAUGAUCACCGGCGAGUCUCGGCCGGUUGCCAAAGAAGUCGGAGCGGCUGUCAUCGGAGGCUCGGUCAACGGGUCUGGCGCUCUGCUAGUCCGGGUGAGCCGCCUGCCCGGCUCGAACACAGUUGCGAAGAUCGCGGCCAUGGUGGAUGAGGCGAAGAUGUCCAAACCCAAGAUCCAGGACCUCGCUGACAAGGUGGCUGGAUGGUUUGUUCCCGUCAUCGUGGCUAUUACGAUUGUCACUUUCAUCGCGUGGGUUGCCGUGGGCGUGGGGAAACGGGGAAUGGGAGGCUCCGAGGCUGCUGUCCAAGCUAUCACAUACGCCAUCGCGACGCUCAUCGUAUCGUGCCCCUGCGCCAUUGGCUUGGCUGUGCCUAUGGUUGUCGUCAUGGCUAGCGGCAUCGCGGCCGAGAAGGGCGUCGUGGUCAAGAACGCAGAGACACUGGAGAUUGCGAGGAAGACGUCUCACAUAGUCUUCGACAAGACGGGCACACUGACACAAGGCAAACUCAGCGUAACGAGCGAAGUCUACCCAGACGGACCUUCCGAUCCUGCCCUCGCCCUCCUCCUCGGCCUCGUCCGCGGCAGCAAGCACCCUGUCUCCGUUGCCGUCGCCGCACACCUAGAAUCAAAAGGCAUCACCGCCGCCACCGUCAACGACAUCCAGUCCCUCCCAGGCAAGGGCGUCGAAGCCACCAUCCCCGCCAGCUCCGCCAGCAACCCCACCACCGCCCCCCUCACCCUCCGCGCCGGCAACACCCGCUGGCUCGACGUGGAAUCCCACCCCUCCGUCUCCCCCCUCCUCGCCCCCGGCUCCCCCUCCACCACCUUCGUCUUCACCACCAACGCCCGCCUCACCGCCGUCUUCGCCCUCACCGAUACCCUCCGCCCAGACGCCUCCCCCGUGCUCGCCCGCCUCCGCGCCCUCAACAUCGCCAUCUCCCUCGUCAGCGGCGACGACGACGGCCCCGUCCACACCGUCGCAAACGCGCUCGCCAUCCCCCCAUCCAACGUCCGCGCCCGCGCCAGCCCAUCCGACAAGCAAGCCUACGUGCAGAGCAUCUCCGCCCACAACGCCGACACCGUCGUCGCCUUCGUCGGCGACGGCACCAACGACAGCCCCGCCCUCGCCUCCGCCUCCAUCGGCAUCCACGUCGGUGGCGGCGGCACCGACGGCACCGGCACCGGCACCGACGUCGCCGCCGCCGCCGCCGACGCGGUCCUCACGGGCGGGUCGCUGCGCGGCGUGCCGACGCUCCUGGCCAUCUCGCGCGCCACCUUUUCCCGCAUCGUCCUCAACUUCGCGUGGAGCGGCGUGUACAACGUUUUUGCCGUCUUGCUCGCCGCCGGCGCGUUCCCCGGCGGCGUGCGGAUCCCGCCCGAGUAUGCGGGGCUGGGCGAGGUGGUCAGCGUGGUGCCGGUCGUGCUUGUGGCGGUGGGGUUGAGGUGGGUUGGGGGGUGGGAGUAG